AUGGCAACUUCAGGUCCCCCAGACAGACAAUGGUGGAAAGAAGCUGUCGUCUACCAGAUCUACCCGGCCAGCUUUCUCGAUUCUAAUAAUGACGGAUUUGGGGACGUUCUCGGAAUUAUCUCGAAGCUGGACUACAUCAAGUCCGUUGGAGCCACGGCUAUUUGGCUUUCUCCCAUUUUCAAGAGCCCUCAAAAUGACAUGGGAUACGACAUAUCCGAUUACCGCGACAUUCACAGGCCAUACGGUACUGUUGCAGAUGCAGAGAACUUGAUCAAGGGUUGCCAUGAAAGGGGCAUCAAGGUCCUCCUAGAUCUCGUUGUCAACCACACCAGCGACGAACAUGAGUGGUUUAUAGAGUCCCGCUCGUCAAGGUCAUCUCCCAAGAGGAACUGGUAUUUCUGGCGAGACCCCAAGAUCGACUCGAGUGGCAACCGCCACCCACCCAACAACUGGGCUUCCAUAUUUGGUGGUAGUGCCUGGACAUGGGACGAGCAAACGGGCCAGUACUACCUUUCGCUCUUCCUGCCCUCACAACCAGAUCUCAACUGGACCAAUGAGGACAUGCGUCGCGCGACGUACUCUGAUAUGGAGUUCUGGCUCGACCGUGGCACCGAUGGCUUCAGGAUCGACUCGAUGAACCUCAUGUCAAAACACCCCGACCUGCCUGACGCACCCGUAACGCGGCCCGACUCAGAGUUCCAGCCCGGUGACCUGUACUACGCCAGUGGUCCUCGGAUGCACGAGUACAUCCGGGAGAUGCGCGAGAAGGUCUUCGACAAGUACAACUGCAUGACGGUCGGUGAGCUAGGCUUCACCAAGGAUGAGAACAGCGUCGCCGAGUACGUCGCGAAGGACAGACACGAACUCAACAUGGUCUUCACUGGAGAUAUUGUCGACAUGGACUUUGGCAAGAACCAUAAGUAUGAGCACGGCGACUUCCGCCUCUCGAAACUCAAGAACAUCACCAAUCUCUGGCAGAAGGCAAUGUUGAAGUGUGACGGCUGGAACGCGGUCUACUUUGACAACCACGACUCUGGCCGCUCGCUCUCACGGUACGCAUCAGACUUGCCUCAGUAUAGGCAUGAAGCCGCCAAGAUGUUGGCCAUCUAUCUUGGCACUCUCAGCGGCACACUGUUCCUGCUUCAAGGGCAAGAAAUUGGAAUGGCAAACCUCCCAGAGUCUUGGACGAUUGGCGACUAUGCCGAUGUCGAGGGCAAGAACUACUACAAUAGCGUGCUUCAGAAGAGGGGCAAAAACGCGGACAUGUCGGAUGUUCUGGCGGAGAUGAGAAUCAAGGCGAGAGACAAUGGACGUCUGCCCAUGCAGUGGAGUGCCGAAGCACAUGGAGGCUUUACCAAGAGCUCAAAACCGUGGAUGCGCGUCAACGAUGACUAUGGUGAUUGGAAUGUUGAGCGACAAGAGAAGGAUAAGGAGAGUGUGCUAGCGUUUUGGAGGCGAAUCUUGAGUGUUCGACAGCAGGAGAAGGACAUUUUUGUAUACGGCACCUUCUCCGAGGUAAAGGACUUUGAGGAGAGCGAGCAAGUAUUUGCUUUCGUCAUGGAAAGCUAUGAGGGGAAAAGGGCACUCGUGCUCUUGAACUUUUCGGACGAGGGGCAAAAGUUGCGACUGCAGAAUUUUGAUGGUUGGAAGCAACUGCUGGGCAGCAACGCCGAGCGGAUUGAAGGAGGGAACCUUGAACUCAAAGCCUACGAGGGCGUUAUUUACUCUAGUUGGUAG